AUGGCAAACAACCUGCAGAUCGAAAUCGCCCGCGCCGAGAUGGAAGUCGCCCAGAAGCGACUCGCGCUCCUACUUGCCCAGAGCGCGCCAGCGCAAACUGCUCCUGAACGCACCGUCAUGCCGCCGAAUGGCGAUGUCGGGGAUGUACCUGUGAAGGCCGAGCGCCGCGUGCAAGGCGGCAAGCCCGGCGAAGCUGCGCCGCGUGAAGGAGGCAAGGAUACGGCGGACAAGGAACCGAACGCUAUGCCGCCCGUAACGACCAUCGACGCCGAAUCGAUGCAGACGCCCGACGAUGACCGAGGCGGUGCAGGUGUGGACGACAACGGCGAGGAUGCGCACAGCGCUGCGGCGCCUGAUGAUAACGACGAGGUGGAAAGUCUAGUGCGGGAGGACGAUGAAGACGCGGAGACGAGCCCGGUUACCGCGAAAACCGAGGCCGACAAAGCGAACGCGAGCGCGGCGCCGACGGACGGGGACGACGAAGAUAGUGCGCUCAUUGGGCCGUACAUCGAUCGCGUCCUGCGUUGGGCUGGUGCCGUCUGGUCCGACGCUGAGGUCAGGCCGGGUGUGGACUUCGGCGCGGCGGCGGACCUUGCGACGGAGAUGGUCAACUUCGAGGUUGUCAGUUGCGCCAUUCAGGCGUCGCGUCCCGCUCCUCUCGACAUCAAGUCCGCGAAGCAAUGGGUCUCGAAGCAGAGGAUGGCGUCGAAGGUGUACGCGACGGUGCCCGAGCCCAACUACGCGCAGCUCGUCGUGGAGACCUGGCGCCGCAUCCGCGAGCAGCCCUACAACGACGUCAUGAAGAUGCACGGCAAGUUCGGGCUCAUUGGCGUCGUACGCGCCGUCUACCAGGCCAACGCCGUCGACCCGGAGAUGUGCGAGGACUUUAGCGUCCUCAUGCUCGAAGUAGCGGACGCGUUGAGGGCCAUGCGCGCGAGCAUCGGGGCCGCGCGCGACGCUCAGCCGGGGCAAGCGACAGCGCCGCCCAUAGCAGCGUCGGCUUCACUCCUCGACGUGCUAACUCUGCGCAACUCCGAGCGGACGGCGCAGGCUACGGAGAUCAUCGACCGCUUCAGCAAAGCGGACGUGAUCGACAUUGAGAGCGAGGACGAAGAGCCGGCGCGUGGAUCCAAGGGCGGCAGCGGCGCCGGCGGCAAGUCGAGGAAGGCCGCUGCGAAGCGCAAGUCGACGAGCACGCCGGGACCUUCAACAAAGCCGAAGAGGCAGAGGGUGUAA